UAUACCAAUAAAGCUCAGUUUGCACAUUGUGAGCAGAGAGGGUCAGCGUGGUUUAUUAUCACAAAGACAUAUUUCAGGUGGUGUUUUAUAAACCUGGGUCUGAGGAAAGGACGAUUGGAGUGGAGCGCUGCACGUACAUCUCGGACACAUUCAAAGGGAAUAUGUGAAAGGGACAAAAGGAGGACCUGAGAUCAAGACAAAGACGGAGCGCCGUGGCUGUCUUCUUCAACUUUGAGACAUAAUGUAAUCUCUCCUUGAGACGGAAAAGGGUUUUUGUAACCUGCGCUGGCUGAGCCUUGAGCACGGAGAAGAGAGACUGGCUGGGUGAAGGCUGUUUAUCCCGUGGCGUCCUUGAUAUAAACAUGUGAACAAAUCUCUCUGUUUUUCUCUCUCUUCGUUAAAUCAAUAGAGACAGACAUUCGGGCUUCUGAGCAAAUCCUCCGGUAGAAGUUGUUCAUCCUUCCUCCAUUCACAGCUGGUGUCCUUUGACGCAAAACAACUGGGGGACGGGGGGGACGCUGAGGUCCCACUCACUGCGAGUUCAUGAAUGUGGCCGUGCCCCUCGAUAGCAUCCUUUCUCCACAGCGAAGACGACCUUCUGUGACGACCCCGUGUGACAUGUUGUUGGGUAUAUGUUUGGAGGCUACAGCAGAACUCAGGACCUUUUGCAUCACUCACACACACACACACACACACACACGCACGCACACGCACACUUCUCUCUUUCCUCUUCCAGCAUCCCUCUUAGGAGCAAUUAAGACAAACCUCUAAUUCAUCUGCUUUAUCCCAUCCUGUCUUUCUCAUUCUCUCAUUCACUUGACCUCCACCCCCCCUCUUCUCCCCCAUCCUCCUUUAGUGACAGAAGCAAGGGGAGCAUUGAGUCAUGACAUCAUAAUUCACCAGCUCCUGUUUUCACGGUUAAAUCAAUAUCGGCAUGUCCGAGUCAAGGUUGGACGUUGGCCUUCGCAGAUCGGCUCUUCCUGCUUCUUUCUCAUAGAAAAUCAUAUAAAUUGUCCCUAAAAUAAUUAAGCCUUCAGAUCUGUCGCUGGCCUAUAUUUUUUACCGGCGUCUGCCUGAUAAACAGCACUGCCAGAGACUCAAGGUAAUGCCGAGAAUAGAAGGGGCUCCAAUUCCUUGUCUGUCUCUGCCUCUCUCUCUCUCUCUCUUUUGCCUUUUCAUCCCUCUGUCACAAUUAAUAACAUCGUCUGUGCAAUUAACCGGGCCUUGUCGACCGCUGCUUUAUUAUUUGUAACCUCCACACGGUGCAAUCAGGCCGAGUCACACACCGUGUUUUAAUCACACCUUCAUUUCAACUUUUAACAUGUAGAUGCAAAAUCGAUGUACAAUGCUUUUGGAUUAUUGUCUGCCGUGGUUUCUUGCACACAUUGCAAUUGCUUUGUUUUUUAUUGCCUAUGUGUGACGUGUGUCUCGAAUACGUGAGAGUCCUAAAAAGUGUGUGUUCAUAAGUGUGUGUGAGAGAGAGAAAGAAGAGGAGGUGGAGAAAGAGGAGGUGCCUGAGCUCCGGGGAAGGCGGACUAGGCAGAGUCUGAACGGGCUGUCGGCGCACGGGGACAGACAGGAGCUAAUAUAAACGUGGUCGGGGCUAUCGGCUCUGAGAACACCGCCCGCUUCUGUCACUGACCUCCGGAGCUUCAAAGAGACGGAGGGACGCACGGAGCUCCGGCCCAUGUAGAGCGGCCAUGGCCGCGCUGGAGGGCUGCCGCUGUCGGGGUGCCAGCGGUCGAAACAACAACAGCAUCCUCUACAGCAUCUUGAAGAGUGACAGCCUCGCGAGCGCCGAGCAGCAACAACAUCAACAUCAACAACAACAACAUCAUCAACAACAACAUCCCCAACAACAAACAUUGCAACACUUGCUGCACAAGACCUCCUCCUCCUCGUCCUCCUCCGCCGCCGCCUCGCCGCACGACCUCCGGCAGCAGGCAUGCUCGUGCGGCGCGACGCGGCGCCGCGGCGUCCUGCGCUCCCCGCACGUGACGUGCAAAGCCGCCUCGGCGGUUCUGGUGAAGACGCUGCGGUUCUUGAAAAACGUGCCCUGUUUUCGCGAGCUGCCGGAGGACGACCAGCUGACGUUGAUCCGGAGCUGCUGGGCGCCUUUGCUCGUGCUGGGUCUCGCGCAAGACCGGGUGGACUUUGACACCGCGGAGACCGUGGAGCCCAGCAUGCUGCAGCGCAUCCUCACGGGUUUACCGGACCGGCAGAGCGAGGAGGUGCUGGCCGGCCAGAGCAGGGGGGCAGCCGGGGUCUCGGUCGUGGAUAUCGAUGCUAUCAAAGACUUCCUGAAGAAGUGCUGGAGUGUAGACAUCAGCACGAAGGAGUACGCGUAUCUGAAAGGAGCCGUGCUGUUCAACCCAGACGUGGAGGGUCUGCGCUGCCUCCACUACAUCCAGUCCCUGCGGCGCGAGGCGCACCAGGCUCUGAACGAGCACGUCCGGCUGAUCCACCGCGAGGACACGACGCGCUUCGCCAAGCUGCUCAUAGCUCUGUCCAUGCUGAGGGCCAUCAGCGCGCCGGUGGUCGCGCAGCUCUUCUUCAGACCCGUUAUAGGGACCGUGAGCAUCGAGGAGGUGCUCAUGGAGAUGUUCUACGGGAAGUAGGCCAAUUCAGAUGGAGAGGAUGCGAGGGACUUCAUUUGUUACUACUGUUUGAAGGAGAUCUCCAAGGACUGUGAAAUGACCCAAUCAGGCACGUGCGCGCGCGCGCGUGUGUGUACGUGUGUGUGCGUGUGUGUGUGUGUGUGUGUGCGUGAAAGAACGGAAAACAGUGUGUCGAAGGCAAGAUAUGCUAUAUUAGAGGAAAAAAAAUACAAAG